GUAUCCUGUGAUCUAAAGAUGUGACUGGCUUUUCUUUCUUACAUCUAAUUGAUUUGUUUCUCUUUUUACCAGUCACAGAGACAUCUAUGUUCCAUAAUGUCAGUUUGAGACUUGGUAUGAAAUAGGAAUUCAGUUCAGUGCACCAGCAAUUUUACCCAGCAUAACAAAUAAAUGAUGUAUGUUUUAGUGCAUCAGCAAUAGGAAUGAAUUCAGUCUCGCUUUUCCUUUCCCUGUGCCUGUCUCUGAAGAGAAAAAUGUUUGAUUUCCAGAUUAAUUUGAAUUCUUAUAGUAUUAAGCCUACUAAUUCUGUAGUAUUAUUGUACUGGACACUCUAAGGCAUGAUAUUAAGUAGCAGUACUUGUUAAUACUUUAAAAACAGAAUAGAAUAGGCUUGAGGUGUGAGAGGACAGCUGAAGGUGAGGGGCGGUAUACAUGAAGGCUGAAUGCACUGGCACUGAUGGCUCUAAAUGAAGCACUUUAGAGAUUGAAGUGCUUUAAAUUGCCAUCCUUCUUUGUCAGUCCUAGUUACUGGGUUCUUCCUAGCCUGGUCUGCUACUGUCUUGCCUGUUUAAUAUUCCACUUAAGUAUAACAAGAGAUGAAACAUCCAAGAUGCCUGUAUCCUCCAGGAGUCAGCACUACUGAUGGGAAUACUUGUGUUAGCUGUUUAUAAGCAAUGAGCUAAACAGGGCUAUAAAGAGGAGAGGGAGCAGGAGGGAAACUGUUGUGACUUCUCCUAAUUUGCUGUUCUUUUUAUCAGCAAAGGAAAUAAAUUUUGUAGCUUUCCUACUCCAAACCCAUGUGCUCUGGGUAAUACAAAUUGUUUCAAUAAGCACACACUGCUAAGGCCUAGAUAAGGUUUUCUGUGCCUGAAAUAUCAAGGACUAGAGUGUGCUAUGUGGAAAGCUGGUGUGGAAUCAGGCUGCUGAGGAAGCUGUGUGUAGUAAUGCGCAUGGGUGACACUGAUAAAUGGCUCCUCUAAGCAGGCAUCUGCGGCAAAUUGUCACAUUGAGACUUCCCAGCAUACCCUAGACCUCUGCAUGAAUGAAAUCUCUGUUGUGCCAUUAUUUAGCCACCUCCAUAUGAAAUGAGAGGAUAGGAUUCAUUGCUUCAGUGCUGCUUUUAUAUGAGUUUGCUCUCUUUAUGUACGUAUGUGCGUAUAUAUUUCUUUUCCUGCACUGGCUGCAGAACUCCUGGUGUUCUCUCACUGUGAUUAGACAUACAGCUUUCUGAAAUGGGAUAGAAUGGCUUUCAGGGUAAAGGAUGGGUCUUUUACAUCUAAAAACCUAAAAUGAAAUGUGUUUUAUUUAUUCUGGUUUUUGACUAGACACAUUUAUAAUUAAAGGUAAAUAAUAACCAUGGUUUGGUUUUUGUUAUUUGUUUUGUUUGUGGCUGUUUUAGUAGAGGUUGCGGUGGCUGGAAAAGGGAAAAGCUUGGAUUGUUUUCCUUUUUUGAAGAGUCCUAAUUACCGUCUUCAAAAGGCAGUGAAAUAGUUUUCAAAUCUAUUUUGCACUGAAGGAAAGCCUCAUCUUUUCCUUGUUUCCAGUUAUCACUGGACAUCACUGAUUCAUGACAAGAAUCAGAUUUGCUUUUUGCCUUUCUGCAGCAUACUUGGUUGGGUUUUUUUUCUGUCUUUGCGGUGAUUUUCUAGGAUAACUUAUCAUUGAAACUUUGGUAAUUUAAUCUUUCAUGGAAAGGUCUCUUGAGAUCAAGGUAGAAUUUCUGGCCAACCUAGAAAAAAAAUAGGCAAUUUUUUUGUAGUUGGCAUAUAUUCCCAGUACAAAAAGAUCCCAGUAAGUUCCCCACUCUUCUUAAUUCCAGCCAAUACGUCAAGCUUCAGGGCUCUGAGUGCUGUGAAUUUACUUGCAAGGAUAUAAAAUGAUAACCUCUGAUGCAGCAGCAGACACUGUCAGGCUGGAAGGACUUAGCACUUAGACAAAACUCAGCUACUGGAUUACACUAACAAGCACCUUAGCCGAAGUUUGCCUCCAUGGUGACGUGCAUAGUGCAUAAAUCUGACAGGGAGUUUGGGUGCAGCUGAGGUGAGGAUGGAUGUCCUGUCCCACCACCCUGCUGUGGUGUUGAUGGCUGUCUCCUGCUAUCUGCUCCACCCUGCUGCUGCAGCUCUCUUAAAUUGUUGCUUCAUUAUUGGAGCCCUUAGAUUCUUGCUAUCUUAGCCUUUGCCCUCGGGCUAUUUCUGUAUGUCUUGCUGGCUUUCAGUAAAAAUGUUGAAUAUUUGCUGGUGAUGUGGAAUGGGACUUUGCCCACCUAAUUUUCCAUAGGUAAAGACCUUUUUAAUCAUUUGGUGGAAGAGGACAGAUGCUCUUAGAGGUAGUUAGGUGGUUGGUAACAUUAAGAUGCUCACAGAAGUCACAGGAUUUCACACAACUGCGAAUAUUCACACCAACGUGCCCCUUACCAAUGUAUGUACAUAGAUCUCAUCUGAGCGAAAUGUUUGCCUCUUCUGUUUUUACAGCUGAGAAGAGUCACAGAGCAAUGUGGUGGACUUUUUAGUUGCAUGAAAUGGUGUCCAGGGUUCUUACCUGCCUGUGAUGUUGACUAAUAGACUUUUCUCUUUUUUGCUAAUGUUGGUCUUCCCAUUCUCCAGCAGUUCUGUGCUGAGGAGGUCUUGGUUUUUCUGACUCUGUACAAAGAGGGAGAAGGGACUUGCGGUUUUCAUGUCAAAACGGUCAGCUUUAAAGGAAUUGGAAUAUGGCAGUUGAAUAUAUCAUAACUAAUUACCCAGGUAAUGAAAAAAUUUAUUUAGAAUGACCUUGACUUCUGAUUCUUUGCCUGGUACCAGAAAUUAGCUGCUAGUUUAACAACAACAACAAAAUUGCUAAUGGGGUUAGGUGUGUUUUAUGUGAUUCUUUUUCAAGAGUGUGUUUAUUAAUUCUCUUUCUUCCUACCUUGGACAGUUCAUGUCUAUGAAUAAUUUAAUCGUCCUUGGCCGUUUCCUGGUGUGAAUGGCAUGCUUUUAGGCAUUCUGUAUUUAUGUAGUGUUUGUUAAUGUUUGUUUUGUAUUCUGUCUGCCUCUCUGCCUUUCCAGACAUCAAAUGGAUGAUGCAAGACUUGACAGCAUAUAAAUGCUAUUAAAACUUCAUCAGAAAGAAAAGAAGGCCUUUGUCAUUUAAUUAGUUAGAACAUUAAUUGGAAUAGAUUCUUCAGUGUUUUUCUUUUCAGUGGAGAAAUAAAUGCUUGUGAAAGUGUUUCUUGCAUUUUGUAAAGUUUGUCUGCAGAACAUGUCUAGAAUUUACAAGUAACAAUUUAUUUUGGCUUACAUGACAUCUCAAAUGUGUUCCAUCUCUGUUUUCUUUCCCCAGACAUUCUUUUAUACUGUCAUUAUUCACAAGUUUUAAACUGCAAAAGUAUUAGUUUUCAGAUUUAAAUUCUCUUUGUUUUCAUUGAGGAUUGUAUUGCUUUAACUGCUGUUGUCAUGAUACUCAUUAAGUAAAAAAAGGGCAUCUAUACAUUUUUUGUUUCCAACCUUUCUGAUCCAAACAUAAGCAUCUUUAUGAGGUAUUUAUUAGAUGCUGUUAGUAACCCCCAUGAGCCUUGGGUUGAGACCCUGAGAACAGUAGGCAAAAAGCACACUCUGAAAUACUGUUGUCUGCAGUUUUGCCAGGUGACUGGGAAACCAGGUUAAUGCUUUAUUGCAAUUCUAUGGAAUGAUCUCACUGUCUCUUUCUUACAAAGUUUCAUCUCUCACAAAAAAACCCCAUGCUAAGAAUAAGAAAUAAAAAUAUUUUCUAUCAUGGGUUAAUUGUUUAAUGACCUCUUUCCUGCUGGCUGUUACGUUAAUAGUAACUUUUUAGGGUAAUACUGAAAUUUAUCAUCCAUUAUUAAAGAGUGUUCAAUGUAUGUUGCUGCCCUAACAGCCUUCACUUUUGAAGCUAUUUUGCGCAAGUUCUCCAGACUUCCUCAAAACUGUCUUCAUGUAUUUCUUGUGGUGCCUACCAGAGUCCACUACGUGUUGCUGGGCUUCAUAAAAACGUUGCAUAUCCCUUUAGGUAGCAGAGGGUCUUUUAAGGUGCUUCUGAUGGUGGCUGCCUUGAAUGCAGAGGAAUAAUUUCCCCAAAGUGAACCCCAACGUUGGUUAGCACGUAUGUGCUCGCUUUGCUUGGCCUUUAAAGUCCUGCCCUGCAGCUCUGGCUUGUGGGUGAGCUGGGUGUCAGUGCUGCAGUGUCCCCCGAGGGAGGUGUUUGGAGACACCGUGCUCAGUGUGGGCAGUGCUGGAUGUGCUGCCUCUUUGUCUGUGGAAUGGCUUGCUAGGCUGCCUUUAAUUUGAACCAUCUGUGGCAACCUGCGUGCUCUGUUAUAAUACUGUUUUUAUGUCAGACCUCCAGUGGCAUGCUGUGAGAGAGCUGGAGACCAGCAUGGGAAUUAAGGUAGAAAAUCCAAUGGAAACACAUUGCAGUGCAUGUACUAUUAACUGGAAAAUAAUUAUGCUCAUUGUUAACUGUACAUCCCGCACCAGACCCCAUCAGUGUUUUUAUUGUCAGCUGUAGUUAGUGACUCUGAAAUGGCAGGGUGUAAAACAAGGGUGAAAUGCAUCCGUAGUUGUUCCAGAGUUUGUUAAAGGCAACCCUUCUCUUGGGUGAAGCAAUAUUGGCCUUGGGGCCUCCCUUUAGCAUUGUCUCUUGAACCAUUCAGGCAGUCUGAGACUUGUUACAGCACUCAAAACAUAGAGUUGCUAAUUGGCUUACAGCCCUGUCCUUUCUUUACAUACUGCUGUUUCUCUUCACGUAACCAGGAAACAUACUGUAUACCUCUUCCCUUUAAAAAACUAUUAUGCUUUUUUGACCUCUCUACUCCAUUUUCUGUUCCCUUUUGAUAAUUUUAUUUUCCCUAACUAAUGGCUCACCUGGACAGGAUUGCUGCUGGCUCUGUGAUUAUAGCAAUUAACUCUAACCCUAAGGAAAUGGCUUGCUGUGUUGCCUGGCAGCCAGGGUCUGCAGGAGCUGGUAAAAAAGAACAGAUCACACUUCACUCUCCUUUCAUUUUAAUCUUGUUAUUGAUUUUUCAAGGAAAGCAGCUUACCGUGAAGGAUCUUGUCCGUUUUCAGGUUGGCUGAGUUAUUCUAAAAUUUGUUGACUUGACUAGUUUUUCAGAGUUGCUGUGAAUUUCUUACAACUUACAGCAAACCACAGUGAGUUUGGUUGUUCUGUUAACAGGGCUACUGAACAGGGUUAGAGGAAUUGAGGACUACAGUGGGCAAUACUGUCAUAACAGUAUUUUCUUCUGCAUGUUAGACUGGAUUCUGCAGUGGUGUUUAGCAGAGCCUUAGUGUUGUCUUUCACUUGGUGGUAUAGAAUAAUGAAAAUCCAGUUUUAAGUGAAGUUGGGGCCUUGGGAAUACGGUGUUGUCUUUAGCAAGCUUGCUCACACAUGAGUAACUAACACCAGAUGUGUAAGCAGGAGCUUUGAAUGUUGGAAUUGAGCAGUGUGUGUGUAGGUAUCUGAAAGCAGGCCUCACUCUGUGCACCAGGUGUUAUCAAAGAGCACCUCUCAACUAACAUCAGAGGCAAUAAUGUGAACAAGCUGUCUGAACUGGGGUGGCAUGGCACAAUUAAAUCUUUGUAGGGCUAACCUCAGCCUGCUGAAUUGGCUGCAUAAGAGGUCGAUCUGCCUACAAACAAACGCAGGGCUAAUAAACCUACAACUUGUUUUUGUACCUCCACAGCCCCCAUAAUCAUUCUUUUGCCCAGAUGGAAAAUUCAAACCAAGCUCACAGUUACUUAGUCUAGCCUCCGCUUCAAAGCAGGGUGGACUUCAGUGUUAAAUCAACUUGUUCUGCGGCUCAUGUAGUGAAAUGAUGAGCAUCUACAAGGCCAGAUAUUGUACAGCCUCUUGUACCCCUGUUGCCCUUGCUUUUGCAAUCCUGUGCACAUUCUUGUCAUGUCUCAUGCCAGCAUUUACUUUUCUCAUCUCUUGGUCAACUUGUUAGGGAGCUAACGUGGCAAAAUCAAACUCUUCCCCAAAUUCAUGGUACUGGCAAAAAAGGAGCUUAAUGUAUUAAAUAUUGCUCAACAAAUCAGACCUUGUUUCACCUAUGAUCUCUUUCAGUCUGGAGGUAUUUGUGUUUUUUAGAGCCAAAUUUACACUCAGCUGAUCAAGACAUGAACUACUCAUCUUACAUCACUGUACAUAAGCACUGUGAUUCUACUUAUAGCCACUGGCAAGCAUUUUUUUUCCUUUGCCCCCACCGUAUAUGAGCGCACGAUGAAAAAACAUGCUUGUUACUAGAGGGGAAAAAGCCAGCCUUUUCACAAACUGCAGUCUUAGUUAUUACACUUCUGCUAGCAUUGCUCAUGGUAUUUUGUUGAGUUACUAUUUUGUUAGGGUGAUAGAAAGACAGUCAAUUUAAAUGAGAAUGCCUACCCUUAGAAUUGGUGUGAAGGCAGUGAAUUUGUAUGGCAAUGCAAGUAGAUGGACAAGUGCAGUAUUGACAGUAGCAGUUUAAAUGUAGUGUUUCGUGCUCUACUGAUGUGUGGUUGAGGGUGACCACUUGUAGUGACACAGAGUGGAUUAUAUAUCAUCUAAUCAAAGAAAGCCUAAAAGAAGGAAAAAAUGUGCUUGAAAUCCAUAAAUGGGUCUUACAGACACAUCUGAGUUCUGCACGUGCUGAAAAGAUGGAAUUUAACCCUGCUGAGACCAAGGUGUUUGUGUCGGGCUGUACUGGUGUCCUUACCAGGCAGUCCAACCCAGCAAGCUUCUUUUCUGCAGCUGUACAACAGGCAGAUCUGCAUGUUGUACAUGUCUUUACCUUGAUCUGCUUUUCCUGUGGCUAAACAGCCUUCUGCUUGCCUUUGGGAGGGAGUGUGGCAACAGAUGUCCAGGUUCUCUGUUUCUGGUCAGCACGGGCAGUGAGCCAUUCAGCUCCUCUAGACCAUGUCCCUGUGCUGUUCAGGGCUUCAAGACUGUGCUGCUGUCUUUCUCUUAAUUCAGCUGUGGUGGAAAAAAGAACUAAAUGCUAGUCCCUUGGCUGUCACUACCAAUCAUACUUUGGGGUUUAGUACAAUACAAGGUGCUUCUACCUGUUAGAGAUAUUUAAUCAAGGUGGAGGAAUGUGAGGAAUAGAGUAAACAUUGAUUGAAUUCCUUUGCACUUCCCUUUUGUUAACAUUUCUGUCCUAUACAUCCAGUAACUGUCUCAGCUUCCCCUCUUUUAAAAUUUUUUUUUUAAAUUACAGCUAUUUUGAAAACUUACAAAAAGACCCAAAGUUUCUUUGAGUAACCCUCUUACAAAAAAAAAAACAACCCCAUACCUCUAACUGUCAAACUUUAAAGAGGCAAUGGGACUAACCUGGCUUCCAGACACUGAGCAAGUAUCUUUUUAACUUCAAAUGAUUCUGAACUUGGUCUACCCUAGUCCGUUUCAAGGCACAAAUACCAAAGCUCACUUACUACCGUUGUCUUUUGGGCCAAAAGAGUAACUAGAGACUGGCAUGGUAGAAAUGAGCCCUGACAAUGGCUUUUCCUCUCUGAGUGGGUAUUGGUUCUCCUACCACUGCAGGAACACACAUGUAAAGGAAUAUGGAUACUAGGUACCUAUUUUUUACCUGGGUGAAUCCUCUAGAGGCUGGUUGCCUGAGUUUGCUGGCCAAAUUGACUGGUGGUGUUUUGAUUCCACAAGUGGCUGCUGUCUUGCACUGUGAGACCUUGGUGAGCAUGUGUGAUGGAGAAAGAAAUAGCUAGAGAAGAAGGAGAAAAAUCCACCCUAAGUUUUAAUUUGUUUUUGUCACUUUCUAAUGUCUCUUGAGCUGCCUCCUUGUAGCAAUGGAAAUCAUAUUUAAUACGAACCUAUGUUCAGACAAUUUAAUUAUUCAAAAUGCAUUAAGACUUUUUAAAUAUCAGGACAACUUCUAGUAAUAAAUACAUUAGUUCAGUUUUCAAAGCGCACCCAAAUAAUUCACAAGUAUUAAUGAAUUAUCCUGCAGGCUUUUGUCUGUCCUGGGGGAUAUAUGACUAGAGAUCAAAGGCAUGGAGGAGUGAAAUGACUUGCCACAGUCACAGAGAGCAUGAUGUGUGAUUCCCAGGACCUGUGUUUUAAUGACAAAAAGCAAUGUGUCACAGUGAAUAGUUCCUAAACUUCUACAUGGAAGCUGAAAAUCUUUUUACAGUAGCAUAGACAAAUCAGAUGGCCUUGAACAAACUGUGUUACCUACAAGUUAUUUUUGCUUUUGUUUGCCCUGACUCCUUUGUGACUCUACUAAGAAUGUAAAUUCUCAUUGGGAAAAAAAUUGUGACUUGUACAGUGCAUGGCAUAAGGGAUCUUGAUAUUUUUUAGUUACUGUUUUUAGCUGUUGCCUCUAAGUGCUACCAAAAUGUGAAAUAUAAAAUAAUUGUAGAAAGAUAUUUUGUGUAAUGUUAUUUCAAGUUUUACUUUCAUUAAUUUUUUUUUUUUGCAUUGCUGUUCAGCACUGUGGGUGUCUGUAGUGCUUUAGAUUGCCAUAAAGCCUUAUAUUCUACAUACUUGCAUAGAAUAUUACUUUUUUCAGUCUAGUUGCUGCUGUUAUACAAAUUAAAUGCUCAAACACUGGUCUAUUUUACCCUCUCUCAAUUACCCACCUCUUAUUUUGAAUUGUGAAAGAGCCAGGUAGGUAUGAAUUAGCUACUCCUGCUCUGUGGUGUUGGUGUGUUUUUUUUUUUUUUAUACACUGCAUAUAAAUGCACUGACAAAUUAAAAUUGGCCUCAACAGUAAUUUACUGUUGGACCAGGAUUCACUCUACUCUAGUAUAUCCUGUAAAGAAGGAAGAACGUGUAAUGUCACAAACACUUCCUCUCUUUAAGGGCUCUGUAGUUUCAAGCAGCAUGGUUGCCUGUGUAAUGCUUGCUGACACUCACAAUUUUGUCUUCUAAUUGUAGCAGGGGAAAAUACAACUCCUGUCAGAGUCAGCAGUGGGUCAAUGGAGAACAAAGGCAGCAAUCAAUCCAUGGCCUAAUUAAAGGCAAUGGUGCCAGGAAAUGAUAGGGAAUUCAACAUCCUGACACUCAAACUUCCCUAAUUGGACUAGUGUUCUUUAUAAACUGCCCUCUGCCCCACUCCAUAUUGCCCCAGCUAUGAUAUCUCACUCUGUGCUGGGUGUUUUGCUUUGCUCUGGAGUUCAAGGCAGAGCUGGAUGGAGGAUCGAUCAGCAGCGAUUGCUGUCGGUUUAUGCUCUUUCACUUUUUUUGGUAAAGGCUCAGUUUCUGAAUGAUGGUUAUAAGCCAGUCAACACCCUACCAUAAUUGUUAAGAUCACAAAAAGGGAUGAGGUAGCUCAGAGAGGAAUAUUAUAAGGCUGCUGUUGUUCUCAGGCUCUUUAAAUGAGAGAGCUAAUGGGGAAAUGGUACUUUUGGAUGUAGGAGAUGACUUUGGUUCAUUAACGAUUUCAUUUGAAGUGUUGUAGUUUCUACUUGAUGAGAUUAAAGUCCCUCUGACCAGAAGAGGAGUUUAAAAAGCCAAUAUUUGUGACCAAGGAACAAAAUUGCUUUCUGCAUCCCUACAUGCAUUUCACACAUCUGAUAAAGUGUAGCAGUUGCUGCAGGAAUCUGAGGAAAAAUCUUCCAAACCCUUUAUGAGUUCUCCGUAAGUGUAAAGCCAAUAAAUACAUGUUAACAUGAGUUGUGCAGUAUGUUCUACUUUAGUAAUUUUAAAUAGUUAAAAAGUUAAAAAGCAGAUGCUCCUGCAGAGCAUCUUAAGUGCAGAAAAGAGAUCCUAAUGGAAUCUUCAGUAGCUUUGCAGAGAACUAUGUUUUGAGCACCAGACUAAUUGUACUUCUGCAGAAAUUUCUUCUCCAACACAUGUCUAUUGGACACUUCUGUACAAUGGUGAGAAAUAGUUAAUUCCUUCUUUCACCUUGAGAAAAACCUGCUUGGGAAUUCAGUGGAAUUUAAGUCUGGAAAAAAUACCAAGAUCUUUUUUCUGGACAUGAAGAUCUACAGCUGGGGACAGGGAGAAGAUUGUGGGUGGUAAAUUCCAGCACGUCAGGGUUGCUAUACAGUUGACAGUACCAUGCUAUAGAGUUGAUUCUGAAUUUUUGCAGUUUUAUCACUCCUGCACAUCCCUCCUCAGCUGGAUAAGAUGUCAAAGUGCAAGAGAGUCAACAGUAAUUUCAUGAACUUCAGUGGAAUGUUGCACAUAUAACAUUGUUAUGGUUCAAUUAAUGAGAGAUGCUUCUGCCUGAAUUAAGGUGCAAACAAGACCAAAUGCUGAAGCUGACAGCAAAGAUUUUAUUUAACAAUGAAUGUGAGGUAGAGAGAAACAGAAAUGUGGGUUGGGUGAGGAGAGGCAGAGGUCAGUCAAGUAGAAGAUGGUCAGCGUCUGUGAAUCCAGUGGCAUCCUGUUGCUUCUCUUUCAUCUUAGACUUCUUGGUGGUGGGGUCCUGAGGUUGUUUAAAGUUUUUUGCUAUUAAUACAUUUUAACAGAGGAAUUUAAUGCUCAUUGGCUACACAGUUCUGUAAUGCUAAUUGCUCCACAUGUUGAGCUCUUCUCUUCUUUUGGACUGCUGGGUUUCUAGGGUCAGUGGGCGUGAGUUGGCGGCUGUGAUCUCCCCCUGACAGAAUUACAUUUCACGCAGUCAGAGCUGAUUCAGCAUAGUUGCUGAGUUGGCUUUCCUUGUGGCCCAUAAAUUCUGCAUUUUUUUCCUGUCCAUUAUCAGUGAUACAUUCUUCUCCCCCAGCUUUGCUAACCUCCCCCUAGGUCUGAGAUAACACCUAGACAAUAGUACCACCUUUAAUCCCAUGUUCCUGCUGUGGGGGCUUAUCUUACAGUCCAAGUUCCCUUCUGUGCUUAUCUCAUGGCAAAGUCCUUCUGUGGCCUUAACAGUGUUUGAGAUGGGCAGCUGUACUCUCUGGGUCCCCAUCCAUAUGCCAGCAUAUUUCUGAAGGGCUGGGCUGCAGCUUAGGCUGUGGCAUUGCUGUGCCCCUGGCAGAGCUGAGCCAGGAGCCUUCCCCUGGGCCAGCUGCCCGUCUGUCAGUGGGACGUGUGCUUGUUCAUUUUGCUCAGGAAUGUGAAUGCUGUGUACAGUGCCCGCAGGGAUGGUUCCCUGGAAAUGAAAUGAUUUGAGAUAUUUUUGUUUUCUUUUCAGAGAAAUUGCAGGAAUUAUAACCACAUCUGUCCAGCUGCUCAUUGAAUUAUUUAAGUGAGCUACCCCUAUGACUCUUAUUUCCUGAGUGUUUUUUAUCUGGGAAUUGGAUGCCACUGAGUAAGAGAAGUGGAAAGACCAUUAUAAAACAGUAUUUAAAAUACAGAUAAAUGCAAGCUACACUGUUUGUGUUAAUAGUGUGGUCUUUUUUCACUCCAGAGCCCUGUAAAAUUUCAGGAAAAAAUAAUUUUAUACAUAGAUUAAAUAUAUCUGAGGUAACUAGAUUGUCUCUGGACACAAAAGAGGCUGGUCUCGGGGUUUUUUCCCCAUUUCCAGUGUACCUGACUGCAGAGUAAAGUCUUCAGAUGAAAAGGCAUUGAAGGAAGCACUGAGUAACUUUUUUCCUGUUUUCUGGUAAAAACAGGUGCUGAUGACACUUCUAAACACCUUUAAAUUAUGCAAGUCUAAAAGCAACAGAGCAGGUUUUUUUCCAUACCGACAAAUUUGAGUUGUUUUCUAGUACCUAAUCACAGUAAUGAAAGUUAAUCCAAGUUUGAACUUCAAACCAUUUGAAGAAUAACUAAUAAACAUAACUAAUGAGUGGGCUCUCUGUGUAUGUAUUAGAAACAGGGUUUCUUUGUAUGCUACUUAAAAAAGUUGGAAAUGUCUCACUUGCCUGUUACAGGAGGUGUGGAAAACUCUCCACAGACUUGUCUGUCUCCUAAGCAGCCCAGCCUCCUGCAAAUUAUACACCUUGCAGGGAAGCAUUGUUAAUUCUAGUGGAAUGGCCUGUGGCACCAACCAAAUGUGUUUAUAAUCCUUCAGCACUCUGAUAUUGCCUAUACUCCAAGAAUAUACUCCAAGAAUACUCCAGAGGCAUACAGAUGGGGAGAAAUGGAUCCACAUUUCAGUGACCCAGGUUUCUCUUCGGUGAUUCACGAGAAGCUCCAAGUUCCCAAUACCAUUCGUAAGGCGUGGAAUGAGAAGGACAACAGAUGUGAUGUUUGUGCCACACACCUGAACCAGCUGAAGCAAGAGGCCAUUCAGAUGGUGCUGACCUUGGAGCAAGCUGCCAACUCAGAACAUUAUGACGCCUCACCAGGCUCUCCCCCACCUCUCUCCAAUGUCCCCACGUUGGUGAGUCCCCGGCACAUGGGCAGCCUGCAGCCCAGGGACUGGGCAUACGUGCCGGCUCCUUAUGCUCCAUCUAAUUAUACAGGCUUUGUUGCCAACAAACACAGUGGAAAACCCAACAGUCUAGGAGUUGGAAAUGGGGUGGAGAAAAAAAAUGGCUCUCCUGGACACCAAGCCAAGGUCAGCUUUCAAAUGGCCACCAGCCCCAGCAAUGGUAAUGUUCUCAACUCUGUGGCUAUCCAGGCCCACCAGUAUGUUGACGGCACCUGGUCUUUGUCAAGAACGAAUGGAGUCACUCUCUACCCCUACCAAAUAUCUCAGCUUAUGACAGAGACUAGUCGAGAGGGCCUGACUGAAGCAGCACUGAACCGCUACAACGCAGAUAAACCUUCCCUGUACAGCUUCCCUGCUUCCCAGAGCACAUAUGUUGCCAGUGAAGUCUCCACAGGCACCUCGGUGGCAGCAUCGUUUUUUGCCAGAGCUGCUCAGAAAUUGAACCUGUCUUCCAAAAAGAAGAAGCACAGGCCUUCUGCAUCAUCUGUUCCUGAAUCUCCUCUCUUCUCUACCUGCUUCAGCAGUAUCCUUCAGACCUCCCCACCCCCUGCACCACCAUGUUUGUUGAGGGCAGUGAGCAAAGUGAAAGACACUCCUGGUUUGGGCAAGGUCAAAGUCAUGGUGCGCAUUUCUUCCACGCUUGCCAGAGACACGUCUGAGUCCAGCUCUUUCCUAAAAGUUGACCCCCGCAAGAAGCAAAUCACGCUGUAUGACCCAUUGUCCUGUGGAGGUCAGAAUGCUUUCCAGAAAAGGGGCAGCCAGGUUCCACCCAAGAUGUUUGCUUUUGACGCGGUUUUCCCUCAGGAUGCAUCACAGGCUGAAGUAUGUGCUGGGACUGUGGCUGAGGUGAUCCAGUCUGUGGUCAAUGGGGCAGAUGGCUGCGUGUUCUGCUUUGGUCAUGCCAAGCUUGGGAAGUCAUACACCAUGAUUGGGAAGGAUGAUUCCAUGCAAAACCUUGGAAUAAUUCCUUGUGCCAUCUCGUGGCUAUUCAAGUUGAUUAAUGAACGCAAAGAGAAGACAGGAGCACGCUUCUCGGUCCGGAUUUCUGCAGUGGAAGUGUGGGGGAAAGAAGAAAAUCUGAGAGACCUGUUGUCAGAAGUGGCUACAGGCAGCCUGCAAGAUGGCCAGUCCCCAGGUGUCUACCUUUGUGAAGACCCCAUUUGCGGCAUGCAGCUUCAGAAUCAGAGCGAGCUCCGCGCCCCCACGGCAGAGAAGGCCGCCUUCUUCCUGGACGCUGCCAUCGCCUCCCGGCGCAGCAGCCAGCGGGACUGCGACGAGGAGGAUCACCGCAACUCCCACAUGCUCUUCACGCUGCACAUCUACCAGUACCGCAUGGAGAAGAGCGGCAAAGGCGGAAUGUCUGGAGGUCGCAGCCGCUUGCACCUUAUUGACCUGGGCAGCUGCGUGAAAGUGCUCAGCAAGAACCGCGAGGGAAGCUCUGGCCUCUGUCUCUCCUUGCCGGCGCUGGGCAAUGUCAUCCUCGCCCUUGUCAAUGGGAGCAAACACAUCCCAUACAAAGACAGCAAGCUGACCAUGUUGCUCCGAGAGUCCUUGGGGAAUAUGAACUGCCGUACCACGAUGAUAGCUCACAUUUCAGCCGCUGCGGGGAACUACGCUGAGACGCUCUCCACCAUCCAGAUUGCCUCAAGGGUCCUCAGGAUGAAGAAAAAGAAAACUAAGUACACAUCAAGUUCUUCUGGAGGAGAGAGCUCUUGUGAGGAGGGCCGGAUGCGGAGGCCAACCCAGCUGAGACCUUUCCAUUCUAGAAACACUGUGGACCCAGACUUCCCUAUUUUGCAUUUAUCAAGUGAUCCUGAUUAUUCAUCCAGCAGUGAGCAGUCGUGUGACACGGUGAUUUACGUUGGCCCCAAUGGUACUGCCCUUUCUGACAAGGAACUGACAGAUAACGAGGGUCCCCCUGACUUUGUUCCCAUUGUUCCUGCUCUGCAAAAGACCAAAAAUGAGGGCAGGUUGGAGGAAGUUAGUGAAUCAGGGCCCAGCACAUCUGAAAGAGACUGCCUGAAGUGCAACACCUUUGCAGAGCUCCAGGAGAGACUGGAUUGCAUAGAUGGCAGUGAAGAGACCGACAAAUUUCCCUUUGAAGAGAUGCCUGCUCAAUUUAGCUCAGACCAGAUGUCUAAGUGUGCUGUCUCAAGCCAGCUGGCAGAGCUUAGCCACUUACCAGAGUCAGAUAAGGAAGAUACGAUGCCAGAAUGUCAGCAUCCUGAUAGAGAAGCCAAGGAAAAUACACAUACAACACCCAGCAAAACUAGGAGAAAUCACUCCCCUGUUCCUUCUGGAGCUCUUACCAAUCUCUCAACUCCUUCUUCUCCCAGGAGUGUAACAGGCAGCUCUAGUAAAGAGCUUAACUCUUGUCAGUUAGCACACAGCACCAGCUUGCAGAGCAGCAGAGAAGGGCUCAACACCUCUGGAUUUGUGGAAGGCAAACCUCGGCCAAUGGGUUCACCCCGGCUUGGCAUUGCAAGCCUCUCAAAAACAUCUGAGUAUAAGCCACCAACUUCUCCUUCCCAGAGGUGCAAGGUCUACACACAGAAAGGAGUCCUGCCCAGCUCCACUCCCCCACCAGCUCCCCUGAGUAAGGAUGCAGCCAUGACAUCUACUGAAUCUUUAUUACAGCCAGAAAUCCGGACCCCACCUGUAGGCAUGAGCCCUCAGAUUAUGAAGAAGUCAGUGUCAUCCAACAAUGGGGAUUUUGAAGAGACCGUUCUCAAUGAAGAUGGGCAACAAAGCAUUUCUCCAGAAUCCAAGAAGGAGAUUCUGAGCACAACCAUGGUGACUGUUCAGCAGCCAUUGGAGUUGAACGGAGAGGAUGAGCUUGUGUUCACCCUUGUGGAAGAGCUGACCAUCAGUGGUGUCCUUGACAAUGGGCGCCCCACCAGUAUCAUCAGUUUUAACAGUGACUGCUCUGUGCAGGCUUUGGCCUCCGGCUCUAGGCCAGUCAGUAUUAUCAGCAGUAUCUCUGAAGAUCUUGAAUGUUACUCCAGUGCAGCUCCUGUGUCUGAAGUCAGCAUCACACAGUUCCUUCCUCUUCCAAAGCUGAGUCUGGAUGACAAACCCCAAGACGAUGGCAGCAGGCGCUCAUCCAUCAGCUCAUGGUUGAGUGAAAUGAGCACGGGGAGUGAUGGUGAACAGUCAUGCCACAGCUUCAUAGCCCAGGCAUGCUAUGGGCAUGGGGAAGCUAUGGCAGAACCCCCUGUGUCUGAGUUUGCAAGCACCAUACAAAGUGCCAGCAUGAUUUGUGUAAGUGACAAACAGAAGUCAGUGACUGACAACAUGCUUAUAAUGUCGGAAAUGGGGGAGGAAGCUUUCGGCAAAGUGCCACCCAUCAAAGGCUGUAAAAUAUCAGCUCUAGGCAAAGCUACUGUCACAAUCAAAAACACAGCAAGUCUCAGCAGCUGUGAGGGCUACAUCCCAAUGAAGACGAACAUUACUGUGUAUCCAUGUAUUGCUGUUAAUUCCUUCAAAGCUCAAGAGACUGAUGAUGGUGUACCAGCUGUAACUGCAGAACCAAAGGCUGUUCAUCCCCGUGAUGGGAAAGAAUCCAUUGCUAAGAAGGUUAUUACAUUUGAAGACCCUUGGUUGAAGAGAGAAGAAGAUGUUAAAAAGGACAGCUCUGGAAGCAGUGACGGGCCAAGGCCUGAUACAGUCGUGGUUUCAGCCAAGCCUGAGCACAGCACAAAACAGUCCUCUGCAGACAGGUUUAGCACCAGCAGUGGGGACACCUCUAUUUCACCAGGAUCUGACAGUCUAAAAAGGAUUGUGGAUGGGUGUGAGGUGGCAGCAUCCAGCUCUGCAACCCAAAGCCCUGUUCAUUCCAGUGAUGGCUUGAAGAAUUGUAGCCUCCCUCGAGGGCUCCCGAAGGCAAGCAAGGUGGAGGAAUCUGACAGCCAUCUCCAUCCUACUUUUACUGACAGCAGUGGAGUCAGUUCUCCUGCCCUCCCCCAGUUUUCUAAGGCUAGUCUUGACAAGAAAAUGGCCUCUCCCAAACACUGCAUACUCACUCGCCCCAAAGGGACCCCUCCUCUGCCACCUGUGAGAAAGUCAAGCUUGGAUCAGAAGAACAGAGCCAGCCCCCAGCACAGUGCAGCCAGCAGCACCACGAGCAGUCCCUCCAGCCAGCCUGUGUCCUUCCUGGCCAGCUUCCCCGAGGAGCAGAAUGCCAAACUAAAAGGCCCUGGCAUAGACAGUAGCAUCAACAACAGCAGCAGCAAGCUCUUCAGUGCCAAGCUGGAGCAGCUCGCCAGCAGGACCAACUCCCUAGGGAGGUCCACAGGAAGCCACUAUGAGUGUUUGUCGUUGGAAAGGGCAGAAAGUCUGUCCUCUGUGAGCUCCAAAAUGAGCCCUGGCAGAGACACCACCAUGCCUAGGGCUGGAAGGAGCCUCAGCCGCAGUGCCAUGUCCUCACCCACCAACUCGGGCCUCUCCCAGUCGGCAGGUGCCUCCCCAAAAGCCAGCCAGUCAAAGAUCUCUGCUGUCAGCAAGCUCCUGCUGGCAAGUCCCAAGGCCCGCAGCCUCUCUGCCUCUGCCACCAAAACGCUCAGCUUCUCCACCAAGUCUCUGCCUCAGUCCGUAGGGCAGAGCUCCAGUUUGCCCCCAAGUGGGAAAAACAUGUCCUGGUCAAUGCAGUCCCUCAGCAGAAGCCGGGGCUCCAGCCUUGCUUCCAAAUUGCCCCUUCGAGCUGUCAAUGGGCGGAUUUCAGAGCUGCUCCAAGGGAACACCAGUGCCAGAGGCGUACAGCUGCCGGGAAACCUGGAGACAGAGGAGCGCGGGGGCCUUCCUGGAGACGAGAAGCCAGCUGUUCACAUGCUGCCUUCGCCUUACAGCAAGAUCACCCCUCCUCGGAAACCUCACCGCUGCAGCAGCGGCCACGGGAGCGACAACAGCAGCGUCCUGAGCGGGGAGCUGCCCCCUGCCAUGGGGAAAACAGCCCUCUUCUACCACAGCGGGGGCAGCAGUGGCUAUGAGAGCAUGAUGAGGGACAGCGAGGCGACGGGGAGUGCCUCCUCAGCACAGGACUCCAUGAGUGAGAACAGCAGCUCUGCCAGUGGCAGGUGCCGCAGCCUCAAAACCCCAAAGAAACGACUGAAUGCAGGGUCACAGAGGAGGAGGCUGAUUCCAGCUCUAUCCCUUGACUCCACCUCCCCAGCAAGGAAGCCUGCCAACAGCCCUGGGGUCCGCUGGGUGGAUGGGCCGCUGCGGAGUGGGCAGAGGGGGCUGGGGGAGCCCUUUGAGAUCAAAGUCUAUGAGAUAGAUGAUGUGGAAAGGCUCCAGCGACGGCGAGGUGGGGACAGCAAGGAGGUGAUAUGUUUCAAUGCCAAGCUGAAAAUCCUGGAGCAUCGCCAGCAGAGAAUCGCUGAGGUCAAGGCCAAGUAUGAAUGGUUAAUGAGAGAACUGGAGGUGACCAAACAGUACCUGAUGCUGGAUCCUAAUAAGUGGCUCAGUGAAUUUGAUCUGGAGCAGGUAUUUGAGCUGGAUUCUCUGGAAUACUUGGAGGCCCUAGAAUGUGUGACUGAGCGUUUGGAAAACCGCGUCAACUUCUGCAAGGCCCAUCUCAUGAUGAUCACCUGUUUUGACAUCACCUCUAGACGCCGAUAA